AGCAUACGGUACGCUGCCCCAGCUGGAUGUCACCACUCUCUCCGGCAGAUUGCCCACAUAUAUGCAAUUGUUCGUUGUUAGGUCGAGACCAACUUCUUCCGAGGCUUCUCGAAUCGCAGCCGCUCGGUCAUCAGCAUCUUCCGGAUCACGUUUGCCCCCCGGCAGAGCAACAUGGCCGGUCCAGCGGUCCCCUACACGCGAAGCUCUCUUGAUGAAUAGUACCUCGGGGUCUCCGUUCUGUACCCACGGCUGGGAGAAGAAGGUAUCUAGCUGCUGCUGGACGGAAGUGUUGGUAUCGUUCUGAAAUGGUGAAGACCUAUCGGGCGGCUGAUUGUGGGUCGGCCGAACUCGAAGGACCAACGCAACGGAGGCUCGUUUCUUGCACUUAGGAGGAUUGGGUACGUGAGGAUAGGAGUUUUGGUGAAGGUCGAGCAGGACACUGUGGAGAGACGGUGAGAGCGAGUUCGGCGCUGGCGCCGGGGCUCUAGUCGCAGGCAUCUGCGCUGGCGACUCUGUUUAUAUAGACAGAUGAGGGGUUGCUUUCACAGGAUAUAGAGGCAAAAGACACUGCGCAUAACUUAUCAGACCGGUGCCCGAGUAGAUGUGCGGAGACAGGAACUCGCUGGGGGGAAAACAUUGAAAGAUACCCGUUUGUAUCAUCGUGUAAUGGCGGGCAUCGGAGCAGCUCCACUUGGCGGGAAGUCGCCACUCAGUCUCCGAUUGGUUGAGGCAGAGAUCUGGAGGGAGCUGUUUUGUGAGCACGUGCGCCAAUGCUGCGAUAGAAAGCGUCAAGCACCUCAAGCCAGAACCCGCUGCGAGACUAGGGCGGAAAAGCUAUAUCUGCCUGCGUUUUCCCCUCCUCACUGGUAUAAAUUUGAGCGAUCCGAGGAAUUGAACUCUGGACAGUUGCUUUUGUGCUGAAAAAAUCCUUUGUUUGCCGUCACGUCGACCUUUCUUGAACUGUUCCUUCGCUUGCGAGCCUUGACUCUCGAGCUGUUAUCGCGAACCCCACACUACUCCAACUGUUAACUCGAACCAAUCGUGCUGUGAUGCGUUUCGGAAAGACUCUUAAAAACUCCAUCUACCCACCAUGGAGCAAGUACUACAUCGACUAUAACAAACUGAAGGGGUUGCUGAGGGAACAUGAUGUCAUUGGAGAUGACAGCGACACGGAUGGCUCAUGGACUGAGCAGGACGAGGAGGCGUUUGUCCAAGAAUUGCUCAACGUGCAGCUGGAUAAGGUCAAUGCGUUCCAGGUGCAGACCUCGCAGCAAUUGAGGGAUCGGACUGCCGCGUGUGAGGAUAAACUUCGGCCCCUGGCUCGCACUGAAGAAGGAGAAGAUGCGGCGGCGGUCGAUGACUCGGAGAGGAUCAAGAUCGCUUCGGAGGUUCUGAGUGAGUUGGACGAUAUCACCAAAGAGGUUAGCGAGCUGGAAAAGUACAGCCGAAUCAACUUUACCGGCUUUCUUAAAGCGGCAAAGAAACAUGAUCGCAAGCGAGGUGCUCGUUACCGUGUCAAGCCUCUGCUUCAAGUCCGCCUGUCCCAACUGCCAUUCAACUCGGAGGAUUACUCACCUCUUGUCCGCAGACUAUCUGUUAUGUACUCCUUUGUUCGCGAGAUUUUGAGUACGAGCACUGUGGAGCCCGAACCUGGCUUCGGCAAGGACCAAUAUUCCUCGUUCAAGUUCUGGAUUCAUACGGAUAACCUGCUGGAGGUCAAAACGCUUAUCCUUCGGAAAUUGCCUGUUCUCAUCUAUAACCCCAAGUCUUCGAAGGAGCUAGAGAGCCACGCGGAUGACCCAACGAUAACGUCACUGUACUUUGACAACCCGCAGUUCGAACUUUACACGCAGAAAGUCGCUCGGAGUCAAGAAGCCGGGUCGCUACGGCUGCGGUGGACUGGUAAGCUGAGCGAGAAGCCACCGAUCUACUUGGAAAAGAAGAUCGUGACCAGCGAUGACCGCAGCAAAGAGGUCAAGGUCCAGCUGAAGCUGAAGCAUGUGAAGGAAUUUCUGGACGGGGAGUAUCGAUUAGAAAAGCAGGUCCAUCGGAUGGAAGACAUGGGCAACGGAGAGACGGCUCACGCAGAGUCUCUAAAACAAGAUGUGGAAGAGUUACAGACCUUUAUCAAGGAGCAUAACUUGCAGCCGAUGCUACGAGCAAACUAUACCCGAACAGCUUUCCAGAUUCCUGGCGAUGAUCGAAUCCGUAUAUCUCUCGAUACGAAUCUGGCACUGAUUAGGGAAGAUUGUCUGGAUGACCAGCGCCCUUGCCGCGAUCCUAACGAGUGGCACCGUACCGACAUUGAUGAUUCUGGAAUGGAGUUCCCCUUUACCGCCAUCAGAACCGGGGAAAUAGUCCGGUUCCCUCACGGCCUCUUGGAAAUUAAGUUGCGAGGAAAUGCCGCGCACAACUCAGAAUGGGUGAAGGACCUUAUGGUUUCUCACCUGGUCAAGGAAGCACCACGCUUUUCCAAGUUUGUUCAUGGUGUUGCGCAACUCUUUGAAGACCAUGUCAACAGUUUCCCGUUCUGGCUCCCUGAACUCGACAAGGACAUUAGGCGCGAUCCCGAGACCGCGUUUCACGAGGAGCAAGAACGCCAAGCUAAGCACGCAGAGGAGGACAUGGCAGUCGGCAGCUUCCUAGGAGCGAGAUCAAGUCCAACCGCACGACCGCUUGUGGGAUCGCCUAUCACACGUUUCACAGAUCUUGAACCAUCACCCAGGCCUCGACAGCCAUCGCAGUUCCAGACGCCUCGGCCGACCCCAUCACAUCAGGACGAGCCGGCGCUGCUUGCACGACAAGAACAAGAGGAGCAGAGCGUUACGCAGUCUCGCUUAGCCGCCCUAUUUCCCUCAUUCACCGGGCGCACUCGCGGAAAGCGUUCCUCCGUCGUCUUGCCACCGGGCGUACAGGAGCCGGGGACAUGGAUCAAGGAUGCAGGACCUGUUCGCGUCGAGACCAAGGUCUGGCUCGCUAACCAGCGGACAUUUAUCAAAUGGCUGCACGUCAGUAUCCUACUUUCUUCUCUCUCACUCGGCCUGUACAAUGCGGCAGGUAAGCACAAUGAUAUCGCGCGUGCUCUUUCCAUCGUGUACACCUGCUUUGCCAUUUUCGCCGCCGCAUGGGGAUGGUACAUGCACGAAAUGCGGGCCAGACUCAUCCGGAAACGAAGCGGCCGCGACCUAGACAACACGUUCGGCCCGAUCGUCGUGUGUGUCGGGUUGGCUAUCGCACUCGUACUCAACUUCGCUUUCAAGUACUCUUCCACCCUCGAAAAGCUGCGCGGCAACCAGCCCGUCGAUACCUCCUCCAUAGAUCAAUCGCUUCCCAUGGCAGGGAAGCCAGAGAUCUGGAACCUCGUCAACCAGCAGCAGCAGGCUCUAUAGCUGCCUGCUAUUGCAGUGAUCUUGUUUCUAUUUGCCCUACUUUCCCCGUGGAAGUGUACCAGUAUUGAUUGAUGCGUUAUGGCGUUGACGUUGAUGUACUCGAGCCUCACUUACGAUGCCUCCUUCUUUCUAUAGCGAACGCUACGCUAUCCUUAUUCUCAAGUUUUAUCACUUAGUUACCCAUCGUCGUCUAUACCUAUCAGGUAGUGGGUUGGUGUUUUCAUCAUCUCCCUCGCCCUACCACAUAGAUAAAAGAAAAAAAAGUAAAUAAAUGGAGAGACUCAGCAUAUACCCCACAUUUCAGUUGCUACAUAGAAAAGCUCGCUUCUGCUAUCCAGCUACGUAUACUUCCUUUCCGGGUGUCCCUGCUCCCCUACAAGUAACGGCACCCUUUCCGUAUCAAUAUCAGCAUCUCCAUCUCCGUCUUCAUCACGAUCCUCAGUAGACCGACCCUGACUCCGAUUCCGAACACCAGAUUCCACAGAGCC